AUGGCUGCCUCCGCGCCCCCUCCUCUCUCCAUCUCCUUCCUCACCUCUUCUCCUCCCUCUUAUGUACAACCUAAAGCUCUGUCCUUUCCUUCCUCCACCACUAACCCCUCCGCUGCCACCGCAAGGCCGCUCCAACCCCUUUCAUCCACCGCCACCGCCACCGCCGCCGCCCUCGACCGCUGCUCCGACGCGCUCUCCCUCCGGGAGGGCGCCCAGAUCCACGCCCGGUUCCUCCGACUCGGCGUCGCUCCUGACCCCCGCUUCUCCACCCAGCUCCUCCGCCUCUACUCCGCCCACGGCCGCCUCGCCGCCGCCCGCGCCAUCCUCGAUGCCAUACCCCGUGACGCCCUCUCCCGUCUUGCCUUCAACUACGUCAUCCGCGCCUACGCCUCCUCCGCGCUUGCCGAGCCCGCCCUCGACCUCUUCCUCGAGAUGCUCGAUUCCGGACUCUCCCCCAACGAGUUCACCUUCCCCUUCGUCCUCAAGUCCUGUGCUCUCCUCGGGCUCCUCGAUCUCGGCCGCCAGAUCCACGCAGCGCUUGUAAAAACCGGCCUUUUCGUCACGAACGUCUUCUGUGCCAGCGCCCUCUUGGAUCUGUAUGUGAAGCAUGCGCCUUUCGGUGAUGCGUGUCAGUUGUUCGACAGAAUUCAUCACAGAAAUGAAGUGACUUGGAAUUCCAUGAUGACUGCUUACGCCCAAAAUGGGUUUUUGGGGCGGAGCUUGAAGAUGUUGGACAGAAUGGCGGAUUCUGGACUGGAAGUUGGAACCAGCAGCUGGAAUUCCAUUGUUGCUGGCUGUGUUCGUUACGGGGAUUUGGAACUCGCGUUGGGGAUGCUCGGUGAGAUGCUUUCCUCAGGCUCGUUCAAGCCCAAUGCAGCCACAAUUAAUACCCUCCUUCCAUUAAUCCCCACAAUCCCCGCUCUGGAUAGUCUCAAGGUGUUGCAUGGAUUUUCCUAUAGGAAUGUGGAGAUAAUGGAUGUCGACCCGGCUGGUGCUGAUCGAUUGUGGUCGGCGAUUGCAGCUGGGUAUGCCUUCCAUGGAUGCAUGGACUACGCUGCCUGCUUAUUCGAGAAAGUUCAGUUGAAAGGCAGCCAGUUGUGGAAUUCGAUGAUCUCAGGCUUCCUUGAGUGUGAGCAAGUUCAUGAAGCAUUUGCCGUCUUCCGAGAGAUGGCCUUUCAGUAUGGCCUUGAAGCAGAAGCCCUCUCUAGAGUUUCACUUACCUUGGUCCUUCCAGAAUGUGGUGAGCUGUGGAAGUCUGGAUUGGAGAUCCACGCCUAUGCUUAUAGGAGAUGUGUGGAAUCAAACACGUCGGUGAGCAAUGCCCUGAUGGCCAUGUAUGCAAGGCGAGGAGACAAGGAAGCAUCCAAGAAGGUCUUCCAGACAAUCACAGAGAAGGAUGUCGUGUCCUGGAAUACCAUGGUGGCAAUGUACGUGAUGACACACGAUACUGAUGUUGCAUUUGAACUUUUCCGGCAGAUGAUUGCAGUGGGUGUCAGGCCCGACGAGUUCUCAUUCAGCUCUGCACUCAAUGCAUGUGCAUACUCAUCAUAUCUUAGGCAAGGAAUGGCAUUGCAUGGGCAUAUGGUUAAGAGUGGGUUCUAUUGCUCAUAUCAGGUUGUGCAGAAUUCGCUCAUGGAUGCUUACGGGAAAUGUGGGUGCGUAGAAGAAGCUCGAAGGGUCUUUGAGGAGAUAUACUUGAAGGAUGUUAUCUCAUGGAAUACUGUUAUCUCAUGUUGCGGUUUCAGUGCGCAUCCUCAGGAGGCCAUCUCGCUUUUUAGCAGGAUGAAAGAGGAGGGUUGGAAGCCCAAUCGUGUCACCUUCAUCGCACUCCUAUCAGCUUGUAGUCAUGCGGGAUUGCUCGAUGAGUGUCUGCAUUACUUUGAAACAAUGACCAGCGAACAUGGGAUCGUACCUGAUGUGGAUCACUACUCCUGUAUCGUAGAUGGUUUAGGUAGAGCAGGUCAGCUCGAGAAAGCUUACCGGUUCAUCAAAGACAUGCCUGUAGAGCCAGACGAUUGCAUCUGGGGUGCACUGCUGAGCAGCUGUAGGAUUCAUGGGAAUCUUGAACUUGCAGAAGUUGCGGCAAAGCGUCUGAUUGAAUUGGAUCCUCAGCAUUCGGGCUACUGGGUGUUGCUGUCUAAUGUUUAUGCAGACGCAUCUAGGUGGAGGGAUGUUUCGGAUGUCCGAGCCGCCAUGAAGGAUGCUGGGGUGAACAAGUGCCCUGGUUUUAGCUGGGUUGAGGUCGGUGGCAGGGAGGUGCACAGGUUUCUUACUGCCGAUAAGCUUCACAAGCAGUGUGAUGAUAUUUAUGCAGCUCUUGAUGGUUUAGUGAAGCAGUUGAAAGAUGAAGGAUAUGCCCCACUUGUGUCUCCCAGAGAUCCUUUCUCCUGA